CUUGUUUUAUCUCGCCCACAUCAACCACAUGCAAUCCUCUUCCUUCGCGGUGGGGUUGAACCUAGUUAUCAACCACCUUCUUCCUCGGCCAGAUGACAUCUCCAAAAUCAGAUAAUCAACAGCUUCUGCAUAUCUUGUCGGCGCGCUCGUACCUGGACUCUGGGCAAAUAGCAAGGCCCCCUCCAGCAGACAGUCAUGAUGUCCCUGCCACCCCGUUGAAACGAGGUCUGAUGACUCGUCCAUCAGACUCUUCGGCGUCCCCGGACUCUCUAGAUCACGAGCCAAGUAACCCUGUCAAGAAACGUGGCCGUCCACGAAUAGAGGCAGAUAAUCCCAAUCCAAACGAGGAACGCCGUCUGCAGGUCCGGCGAGCCCAACGGAAAUACCGACUCAAGAAGGAAACAACCAUUCAGAACCUCCAGUCCCGUGUGGCAGAUCUCGAACAUGCUUUGCAAAACGUGUCUGAUCUCGUCGUGGACUUUCAAGAUACAGUGAGGUCGGAUCGAGCGCUAAUCAAAUCAAAUAUGACCCCGUUGCUGUCGCACACGACCGACCGGAUACUGACAGAGGUGGAGCGAGUAGCACCGGGUUCUCGACAUGAGAGUCACCUCGACCGUCUUCCGUCUGGGGAGGAUGUUCUCGGACAAGAUGAGUUUAUCCUGGAUCCGGGCCCUCGGACAGAGCGGGAUAUGGUCAACGUGUUUGGAUAUCAGAUGUCGAAAGACGAACUUGAUAAUAAUAGGGAAACGCCAUUAUCCCCACUCUUCCAAGCCACCGUCCACAGCUAUAGCUUUCAGGAAGCUGGUUUCUAUCGAAAACUGCAACGAUUUUGCCUCGAACAUACCUACCGCUGGCUGAUCGAUCCGCAAUCAGACCCCAAAUUUAUCAUCCGCGUGUUCGGGCUACUGCCCUGCAUCGCAGAGAAACAAGUCGUAAAAAGAAACUUUCAGAAAGUCCUACGAAGUGAAGUCAGUGCCCCACUGGAACUGACAUUCAUCCCGUUUUACUGCAUCGGUGGUGCCGGGACGCAUUAUCCCCGGACAGGUGACGACGGAAGACCGAAAUAUCCAGACAAUAUGCGAGUGCCACGACGGAUUCUUAGGCGCGUGUUGGAGUCGAUGUUUGGUGCAUCAGCAUGUGACACCGAUGAACGCAUAGAAAGCCAGCUGAAAAGACUGGAUCUGGAUGGGGAUUGGUUCGACUGUCAUGAUGUGCAGGGUUAUCUCGAGCAGAUGGGGAUUAUACUUGACAAAUCGUCAAACCUAGUUGAGGUUCCAGCAUCGACAGUCCCCUUGCUUUAUGGUCCCCAUCGAUGGUCCAACCGACGCAGCUCCAGGGCUGCUGACCUUUUGGAUGAAGCCCUGCUUGAUGAUCUCAUAGAACCCUGGGGAGGCAAUGGCAAUACAGAGGCGUCGGGUUACGUCCUAGAUGUGGAGCAUUUUUUCAACUCACUUUUACGGAAUGUCCGACUUCUCGGACGUGCCCCAGGUUUUCGACGUGGUGACGUUGAUGCAGCUCUCAAAACGGCCUUGCGAAAAUCAGACCCUUGCCUCGGUGAUUAGGCUCAUCAUAACAGCCUUGGAAAUAUAAUCAUAAUAUGACACGAUAAAUAAUGCCUACAAUAUCCACAAUAUAUAUCCAAAUUAUCCGAAGAGGGUAUCCAUUAAGUUAUAAAGAACUAGACAAUGUAGGUAUAGCGACAUGGACCAUAUCAAUUAAAUCCGUCAAACAUUAUCCGGAUCGCAUUUCAUUCCGCAUUUUCUCGGUAAUCAUAAACUAGCAGCAGAUUUCGCAGCACUCGAAGCAGGCAAGACCGGCGCAA